UUUUGACUUUGAUUGCUUGUUUAUCAAUUCAGUGUUCAGCUGAUAUUUGUGUUAUCGGUGGCAAAUAUAAAAUAAUCAGCUUUUUGUGAUUCUUCAUUUGGUGUUGUUAGCUUUUAAAAAGCAGUGUUCGAAAACAAAUCAAUUGCGUUGUGACCAUGGCGCCCCUGUUAUUUUUAGCAACAUUUACAAUAGCAAUUUCCUUAAGCUUUUCAAUUGAUCCUGAACCGCGUUUCCAUCCUCUCUCAGACGAAUUCAUCGAGUCCAUAAACAGGAAACAAUCCACAUGGAGGGCAGGCAGGAACUUCAGGGAGGACCUGGACAUGUCUUAUAUCAGAAAACUUAUGGGGGUGCUGCCCGAUCAUAAGAAUUACUUGCCCCCUAUGAAAGAAGAGAGCAUCGAAGCCACCUAUAUACCUCAACAGUUCGACGCUAGGGAAGAGUGGUCUCAUUGUCCCACUAUAAGGGAGAUAAGGGAUCAAGGGUCGUGCGGAUCGUGCUGGGCCUUUGGUGCAGUCGAAUCCAUGUCUGACAGGGUCUGUAUCCAUUCCAACGCCACCGUCAACGUCAGACUGUCUUCCGACGACCUGGUGUCUUGUUGCUGGACCUGCGGCAUGGGCUGUAACGGAGGUUUUCCUGGUGCGGCCUGGCACUACUGGGUCAGAAAGGGAAUCGUUUCUGGAGGUACAUAUGGAUCCCACCAGGGAUGCAGGCCUUAUGAAAUUCCUCCGUGUGAACACCACGUCAACGGAACAAGGCCUUCUUGUAACGGAGAUGAAGGGAAGACUCCUAAGUGUAUUAAGCAGUGUGAAAGCGGGUAUAACGUUCCCUACGCCAAAGACAAGAACUUUGGUCAGAAGGCGUACUCGAUAUCCAGUAAAGUGACCGAGAUCCAGACGGAAAUCCAGAACAAUGGUCCGGUAGAGGCGGCUUUCACCGUUUACGAGGAUUUGCUACAUUACAAGAGUGGCGUUUACAAACACGUGACAGGAAAGGAACUAGGGGGACACGCUAUCCGUAUCCUAGGUUGGGGUGUGGAGGACAAUACCCCAUACUGGCUCAUCGCCAACUCCUGGAACUCCGAUUGGGGCGAUAACGGCACGUUUAAGAUUCUAAGAGGCCAAGAUCACCUUGGAAUCGAAAGUUCCAUAGUGGCUGGUUUGCCCAAAAUUUAAAAUUCAAAAGAUGUUUGAUAUUACGCUUUUACUACACAUAUAAUUUUAUAAAUUUCCUAGGGAUUAUGGCCCCAUAGUUGUGAUCAAUUGUUUUACGCCAAAUAUAAUAAGUGAUAAAGUGAUAAUACCUUUUGUUUAUGUUUAGAUUAGUUUCCUAUCACAAAUAAUUUGAAUAAAUGUUUUAUACAAGAAA